AGUCUGCAAGUGUAUUCACUGCUUAAGCUAUGCGGCUAAAUUCUACUGCGUUCAUAUUUACAAUCAACUAAUAGGCUGGUUAGUGAACAACGCAGAAUCGUGGGUCGUGUCAGCUGGGACGACCUAUCUUAUGGGCGCGCAAUGUAACUGAACAGUGAAAAACGCUACUCUGACGUGACGUUGACGUGAGAAUCUGCGACAUUUGGAUUUUUGCCGUCGCAAACGUCUCAGCUGAUUGCUCUCUCACAACGCAAGGUUGCCAAUAUCGAUAUACUGCAGUAAUUAUCAACUUUUAUAAUUCAAUCUGUUCAAUAUGUUUGAAAUUUUCUUAAAAUAACUCAAAAUCAGAGUCGAAUGCUAUUAUUUAUAAAUAUAUAAACUAUGUAUUUUUAAUAGUUUGUUUUCAGUUUUGAUACUUUAUAUUGUAAAAAAUUGUUAUUGAAAACAAAGAUGUGCUUAAAACUAUAUAUGCGUAUUGGGCAAUGGCAACAUUGUUCAAAUGUAAACAAGCGUCAUUAAAACAAACGUCAAAUCAAAGAGUUUGUUGGAUUUUUAAUUUGUGCUUAUAAAUAAAAAAAUGGAUGACGAAAAACUUAUUAGUUUAGUGGAAAGUAAAAGUGAGUUGUACAAUAAGAGCAGUCCAUUUUACAAGCUGCAAUCAAGAAAGGAUGCCUUGUGGAACGAAAUUGGGAGGGAAUUGAACGCAAGUGGAGAAAUGUGUCGCCGUAGAUGGCUGACACUUAGGGACCGGUACGGGAGGGAAGCGCGGAAGGCUAACGCCCCCUCAGGCAGCGGGACUGAAUUUCAAAGACAGUGGCAUCUAUUAGAUUCAAUGAAAUUCCUCAAGCCACAUAUUUUGCCGAGACCGUAAGUUUUAGUUUAUUAAAUGAAUAUACAUACUUGUAUUUGAAACAAAAUCUUAAAUUUACAGGAUUAGACUUUCACACAAUAUUUGUGUAAACGAUAUUGCUACUGCUACGGGUCAAUCAACAGACGAAACAUUGGUACAAGGAGAUGCGCAGGAGGAAUCACCACCAUUAUGGCCCUUGUCGCCAAUAGGAAUAUCACCGCCGUCGCCAUCGCCUCCUUUCUCCGUGGCGCAAAGGAUACCAUCCCCGAGUCCUUCGGCAUCAACCUCGGUUCCCUCACCAUCCUGCUAUACGCAAGUUGCAAAUAACAGGGGUAGAAAGCGAGGGUCAUCUGGGCCAACUUCUAGCGAGGUUGACCAGAAGAUGAUUGAAGCCAUCGAGGUUUUCAAACAUAAAAUCGAAUCUAUACAACCUACCCAGCAGACUCAACAACAACAAAGUACAAAUCCAGCUGUAAAAUCAUUCACCUCAUUAAUGGCUUCUAUUUUAAACAAAAUGGACGAGGCAAAGCAAACGAGAGCUAUGGAAAAGGCAUUACAGACUGUGUUUGAUGUGCAGAAUGAGUAAACAUGAAGAUAUUUCAUAACAACAUUGAAAGAUAUAUUUAUUUUUAAAUUAUAAUUUUAUAUUUAUUUAUGUGUUUAUUUUCGUUAUCCAUUAGUCCAUUA